AUGGCUGAGUCUCGACCUAGCCUUCGCUCCCUCUUCCUCUCGGCAAGAUCUAAGGAAGCAGAACUUCAGCAUGUCGAGAAUUCGAACAGCGCCUAUCAAGAACUCUUCCAACUUGCCGCAUCUACAUAUGAAGAGUGCCGAGAUUUGAUAGAGCGACUGGCAAUAUUCAGCCGUAAUGAAACAAAUGAAGACAUAGCCACUUCUGCAAUACAGUACUUGAGCGUGGACUAUCUGCUUGCGGAGCUUCUCUUAAAGGCCUAUGGCUCAAACAGGCAGAAGCUCUUACAACAAGCUUCGAGCUUGCUGGAAAGUUUCUUGAACAGGCUAGAUUCCUACGAGCUGUUGUCUAAGCAGAACAGACGAUUACUUGAUCAGUAUCAAGAAAACCGAGAGAACUUUCAUUUAGCUUCGACAACUGACGCAGCCGAACGUAGACGUGUCAAAGUGGCAAGGUUUCAGGAGGAGAAAAGCUUGAAGACAAAGCUCGAGCUGUUGAGGGACAAGUCCGCACAGAGUUCUAUCGAUGAGGAUACAACGCGGCAACUGUAUUUCACAGAGCUUGAGCUUUUCGCAAACCAGAGUUUUCAAUCACUGGAUAUGAUUGUUCAAGAAAGCUUGAUUCUGUUACAAGCUCAAUCAGAAUCCCAAAGCUCGCACCCCAUAUUGGAUAUACGGGAGAAUGGUCGGAGCGAUUCUGAUGGUUACUCUGAACGGCUUGAUGGAUCUGUCUCUCAAAUUGCGCGUGGAGGUCCUUUAUUAAGCAAAGAGGGCAGACCGCUCCAGCCAUUCACCAUCACCGAUAAGCGGAGCCAGCUCCGUCAGGGCGUCUUUCAGCCAGGUCAUAACUUACCCACAAUGACCAUAGAGGAUUACCUUGAAGAAGAGAAGCGGAGAGGUGGAAUCGGUGACGACGGUGGUGAGAGGCAAAAGCCUCCUGUAGAGCCAGAUGAGGACAACAUCGAGUUGGCAGACCAGGAGACCAUGAAGGCUAGAGCGUGGGACGAGUACACUGAAGCAAAUCCAAAGGGAUCGGGAAAUACAUUAAAUCGUGGUUGA